AUGCCGAUUUGCGCCCUGCUCUUCACCAGCCUCUACAUCCUCUGCCAUUUCAUCAUAACCCAUUUCAAGAAGCACACGGACUUCACAGCAGUGCAUGACGACGAGGAUGCUGCUGUCAACAGGAUUGCGCUGGGGCUGUGCACCUUCACCCUGGCGGUGGCACUGGGUGCCGUCCUCCUGCUGCCCUUCUCCAUCAGCAGCAAUGAGGUGCUGCUCUCCUUCCCCCAGAACUACUACAUCCAGUGGCUGAAUGGGUCUCUCGUCCAUGGCCUCUGGAACUUGGUCUUCCUCUUCUCCAAUAUGUCCCUCGUCUUCCUCAUGCCCUUCGCCUACUUCUUCACUGAGUCAGAGGGCUUUGCAGGAUCCAAGAAGGGUAUCAUGGCCAGGGUGUACGAGACAUCAGUGGUACUGCUGCUGCUGACGCUGCUGGUGCUGGGCAUGGUCUGGGUGGCCUCUGCUAUCAUCGGCAACGAUGCAGCCAGCCGUCAGUCACUCUAUGACCUCUGGGAAUACUACCUGCCCUACCUCUACUCCUGCAUCUCCCUCUUCGGCGUGCUGCUUCUGCUGUUGUGUACCCCCUUCGGCCUUUCCACUAUGUUCACCGUCACAGGGAAGCUGCUGGUGAAACCCCGGCUCCUGGAAGACCUGGAGGAGCAGUUGAGCUGCACAAGGCUCGAGGAAGCCGCCAUGUCCCGUCAGAUCUCCUCUGGCAAAGCUUCCUGCUGGCUGAACUUGAACAUGGAGCUGCUGCGGGAGCAGUUCUUCGCCAUUCGGAGCAAGAGGCAGAAGCUGGAGCUGCGGCACCAAGCGUCACCCUGGCAGAGGAACCUGGGCUACCCGCUGGCCAUGCUGGGCCUCCUUGCACUGACGGGCAUCUCUGUGCUCAUCGUCUGCUUCCACAUUCUGGAGCUGCUGCUGGACGAUGCCGCAAUGCCACGGGGCAUCCAGGAUGCAUCCCUGGGCCGGGUCUCCUUCUCCAUCUUUGGUUCCUUCGGAGCUGCCCUGCAGGUCGUCCUCAUCUUCUACCUGAUGGUCUCCUCCGUCGUUGGCUUCUACAGCUCCCCUCUCUUCACCCAGCUGCUCCCCGAGAGGCAGGAUACACCCCUCACCAAGAUCAUUGGGAACUGCGUCUCCUUGCUGGUGCUCAGCUCAGCCCUGCCCGUCUUCUCCAGGACUCUGGGGAUCACCCGUUUCGACCUCCUGGGGGACUUUGGCCGCUUCAACUGGCUGGGGAACUUCUACAUUGUCUUCCUCUACAACAUGGGCUUCGCGGGGCUCACCACCCUCUGCCUGGUGAAGAGGGUCUCCUGGGCCGUCCAGGCUGAGCUCAUCUGCGCCUUCGGUGAGGACAGGGACAUGAGGACACAGGGACAGCAAGCCCUUCUAGUGCUGGGGGACAGGAAUGUGUCCCCCCUGCCGCCGUGGUGGCCUGCAGGAUGGCUGUCAGCCGCAGAGCGGGCCCUGAUGGCGCCUGGUGCUUCAGGGAUGUCAGAGUACCCCAGGGAGAGCUGA